AUGGUUUUACCUAACAUACUGGUUGAUAAAGUCACAACAAUUCAAUAUGAUAAUUCAAAUGACGAACAAAAAUGGCAAUUAAAAGAAGACACGACAAGAAUAACUGCAGAAAACGGAAAUUUGGAAUUGUUAAAAUAUGCAUUUCAAAAAAGAUGUAAAUGGGAUGAAAAAACAACAGAAGCUGCUGCAAAUAAUGGUCAUUUAGAAUGUUUAAAAUAUGCUUAUGAAAAUGGUUAUAAAUUGAAUCAAUUCAAAAUUGCGAAAAGUGCGAUUAGAAAUGGUAAUCUAAAAAUAUUAAAAUAUAUUCACAAAAAUGGAUAUGAUUUCAAUCAAUUCAUAACUAACGUUGCUGCUGCUGGAUGCCCAUGGGAUGAUAGAAUUACUUAUGAGGCCGCCAUUCAGGGUAAUUUAAAUAUUUUAAAAUAUGCAAAUGAAAAUGGUUGUAAAUGCCAUGAACAUACAACUACAGAGGCAGCCAAAAGAGAAGCAGCUGCUUUUAGCGGUAAUUUAGAUUGUCUUAUAUAUACCCGUGAACAUGGAUGUAAUUGGGUUGAAGGUACAAUGAGAGGAUCUGCAGCAAAUGGACAUUUAAACUGCUUAAAAUAUGCUCGUGAAAAUGGGUGUUUGUGGGACGAAGGUAAAACAAGACUUGCUGAUGCAAAUGGUUAA